AUGCUAAUAUUUAAGGACGCAUAUGCACCAACUACCGAAAGUACAGAUGAUGAAUUGGAGAACUUUUACGAAGAUGUAUCCACUGCUCUACAAAAUGGAAAAACACACUAUACAAUGUUAAUUGGAGAUUUUAAUGCCAAAGUUGGUAGCAAACAAGAUGAAGCGGAAACUUCAGUCAGCUGUCAUGGAUUGGGAAGCCGAAACGAAAGAGGUGAUACACUGAUAGAUUUCGCACACCACAACAAAUUAUAUAUAAUGAACACCUUCUUCAAGAAAAGAAACAGCAAAAAGUGGACAUGGACCAGUCCAGAUAGCAAAACCAAAAACGCAAUAGAUUUCAUAAUCAGCAAUAGAAAAGAUGUAAUCAAAGACGAAGCGAUCACCGCAUUGUAA